GGUCCAGUGAGCUGGCAGGUUUUGCACCAUUUGUCAUGGCUGGGGUUGUUUCCUUGCCUGGUAACAGUUUUGGAGUUUCUGUGACGAUGCUACGGGACACGGCUGCCUCCCAGUCUUUUAUUCUGGAGGGAGUUUUGCCAUUGAGUGAUGACUCUGCUGUGGGUUCUGAUGUUCCAGUGUUGGGGUUUGGCAUGCAGGGCAUAGACGUGCCUUUGCAUAGGAUCUCGGUUGAGUCAGAUCUUUUUUCAGGGGAAGUGGUUGUGGGGGUGUGUUCUAGUUUCCCGAUUAAGGGAGUUUCUUUUUUAAUGGGGAACGAUUUGGCUGGUGGAAAGGUUCUGGUUACACCUGAAGUGACGCCGAUCCCGGUUAGGCAGUCUCCAGAUGAGCUGGCUCAGAAGUUUCCCAAGGUUUUCACAUCUUGUGCUGUUACUCGCUCUAUGUAUAAAAAUGAGGAGAAAGAUGUUGACUUAAGUGACAGUUUUCUUUGUGAUCCUGGUGAGGCUCACUUGUGUGUUCCGGAGUCUGCUGAGAGGGUGAUAGUGGAGCACACGAAGGGGCCCCGGCGAGAUGGAGGCUAUGGUGGGAGGAGUGGAUAUGGACGCUGGGGAGGAAGAGACAGAGGCCGCAGGAACGAGGGCGUGAUCGAGUUCAGGCAGUACUCCGACAUGAAGAGAGCUCGGGAGAAACUCGACGGCACUGAGGUCAAUGGCAGAAAGAUCCGGCUCAUCGAGGACCGGCCCGGCGCCAAGCGCCGCCGCUCUUACUCCCGCAGUCGCAGCCGCUCCAGGUCUCGCUCCAGGGGUCGCAGGUCCCACAAGAGCCGCAGCCGCAGUGACAGCAGCAGUCGCAGCCGCUCUCGGUCCAGGGCAGCUUCUCGCUCUCGCAGCCGCUCUCACAGCAAGAAGAGUAAGAGCAAGAAGGAGGAAGAGGAGCGCAGCAACGGCGCCCAGAAGGACGACGACCACAGCAGGAGCCGCAGCCCAAAGAGCAAGAAAGACGGGAAGAGGGACUCCCAGUCCCGCUCCAGGUCCAGAUCCCGCUCCCGUUCUCGCUCCAGGUCUCGCUCCAGGUCGGAGGUCAAGGAUCGCUCCAGGAAAUCUGUCUCCAAGACAGACGAUCAGCCUUUUAAGUUAGCGGUAGAUGCGAGUGACACUGGGGUGGGCGCUGUUCUUUUGCAGGAGGGUGCUGAUGGAGUGGAGCACCCAGUGUCUUAUUUUUCAAAGAAGCUUGAUCGCCAUCAGAAAUGGUAUUCGACCAUGGAAAAAGAAGCAUUGGCGCUUGUGAUGGCGUUAGAACAUUUUGAGGUUUAUGUGGGCUCAACCAGUGUUCCUGUGGUGGUAUAUACCGAUCAUAACCCCCUCGUCUUUCUGCACAGAAUGCGGAAUAAAAAUAGGCGUUUGAUGAGCUGGAGUUUGAGACUGCAGGCCUUUAAUGUGGAGGUCAAACAUGUCCGUGGCAGGGAUAAUGUUUUGGCUGACGCAUUGUCGCGUCUGUGACAAUUUGUUUCCUGAACAAUGUAUUCUGAAUGUUUUGUU